GAUCUCAAAGGGAUUAUGUCGGCGCUGCAACUUAUCAAAGAGAAAGCGCAGAAAGAUGGUCAAAAGAAGAACGAAGACACGAUUUCUAGUGUGGCUGCUGAGAUAAGGUCUAAGCUUGAUGAAUUGAAGUCAAAAUUUGAGAAGGAAAGACAAACUUUUGCCAAGGCACUUUCAAAGAGCUCAAAAGAGUGUGAAAACUGCUUGAAGGAUGAGACUGCAAAGUUCCAAGAGGUUUAUGAGAAAUUCUGCAAAGAAAAAGUUGCCCAUCUGCAGGCCUUGAAAGAUACUAUUUCCAGAUUUGAGGAAGACAAAGAAAGGCUGUUUGUGCGAUAUGAUCAAUUGAGGAAGAGAGAGAAGAGCUUAAUAUCUGAGCAGGAGAAAUUCUGUGCUGAUAAAAUUGUUCAGUUGGAGGAGUCCUUGAAGAAAAAGAAACAGGAUGACAGAACUUUCAGCAUUUUGAGGAAAACUCUUGGCACUUUUCUGGACAAUGGCUCAGAUGAAGACUUCCCACCUGAAGAAUGAAGAUUUGCUUUAGUAGACAGACGGGUCAGCCACAUCUUUUUGAGAUAUCCUUUUCAUCCUUUAAAUUUGUAGCUUAGGCUUUAUGGCAUCCAAAAACUCGGAAAAUUUUGUUAUCUGAAAUUCGUGUACCAUUGAAUCUUCUGAAAUUCUGAAUGCAUUGUUCACCUCCGUUGGGAAAUACCUCCUAACAUUCUGAUUGUAUGUUUUUUCUCGUUUGCUGAUGCUCAGAUGCCUCAAGACACCCGUGGCUUGGUAAGUAAAGGAUAAAUAUUGCUCCUAGAAUUUGAAUUUUAUUCCUAUGUUCAAUUCUUGGUUUAAAAGUCUUUGCCACUCCAACUAUUGUAGAGACAUUCAGCGUUUGAGACUCUUCUACCAUAAAGCAUGUCAAGAACAAGAAUUUGUCGCUUCAAUUCAUUGCCUAAGUUUUAUCCCCGUCUGCGCU